UAAAACAAAGGUAUGAAAUAGCAAGUUAAAAAUAAAAAAAAACAAAAUGAGAAAGUAAAGCAAUCGUAAAGAAGCAAAGAAGAAACCAUCCACAAUUGUCAUACAUCAAUCGUCGCCGGAAUAGAUGUCGGCAAAUCUCCCAAUUCUUCCCAACGCAAUCUCAAUUCCCGCCAGGAAUGCCACUAGUGAGAACCUCUUCGCCGCCGUAGACAUCGGUACUAACUCCUUCAAGCUCCUCGUAGUUCGCGCCGACCCUUCCACCGGCCGUUUCCUCACCGUCGAUCGGUUCAAGGAAAGAGUCCUCCUCGGCCUUGAUACUAAUACCACCACUACCUCCGCCACUAUCUCCAACGCCUCUCUGCUACGUGCCACCGCAGCACUUCGAAAGUUUCAGAAGCUUCUCCAGUCACAUCGCGUUCCUUCCUCCCAUUCUCGCUUCGUAGCUACUUCUGCUGUUCGAGAAGCUUCCAAUCGAUCACAAUUCCUUCAAACGAUUGAUGAAACCCUAGGCCUGAAAGUUGAUGUACUCUCCGGUCUCGAAGAGGCCCGCCUUAUAUACAAAGGUAUACUUCAAUUCCAUCCUGUUCAUGACUAUACAGUUCUCACAAUUGACAUUGGAGGUGGCUCUACAGAGUUUGUAAUUGGCAAAGAGGGGCAGAUUUUGUUCUCUAUUUCACUAGCAUUGGGACAUGUCACUUUAACUCAAAAAUUUCCAAAAGUUACAGAAAUGCGGGAACAUAUUAAGGUUAUAAUCCGUGCCUCGGGCUUAAAUGAGAAGGUUAAGCAUUAUAAUAUUGAUAAAGUGAUUGGUUCAUCAGGGACAAUUAGGAAUAUUGAAAAGGCUAUUUUCCGUGGCUAUGCAAGCAAUAUGGAGGGAAAUGUGGGCAUAUCUGAGGAAAGUAGGAGGGAUUGGAGUUUUACAACGGACGAAUUGAAGGGCUUAGUGGAGAGGUUGAGUGAGGAAGAGAGAAGAGUUGGAGGGAAGGUUCGAACGCAAGGCUUUUUCAAGAAGAGGUCAGAAUUUAUUGUGGCAGGGGCAGUUUUAUUGGAGGAAAUAUUUGAGGAGCUUAAGAUUGAGGAGAUGGAGGUUUCUGGGUAUGCAUUAGGUGAGGGUGUGAUUGCAGAGAAGUUAGGGGAGGUUUUUGAUAAUUAUGAUCCAAGGGCGAAUGCGAGGUGGAGGUCUGUAACGAGGCUCGCGACAAGGUUUAAUAACAAGCAACACAUGAAAUCUGCUGCAUUAUGCUUUAGUGUUGCCAAGGAGAUGUUUGAUGGUUUGAGAAAAGGGUAUGAAUCAGGCAAUGGUUCUGAUGGAUUCUUUGUAUCCUUGGAGGAUAAAGAUCUCGAGUAUCUCGAGGCAGCUUGUUUGCUUCAAAAAAUUGGUCUUUAUGCUGGUAAAAAGGGCUAUCAUAAGCAAUCUUACCAUAUAAUAGCGAAAGGCGAUCAUCUACAUGGUUAUAAUGCCGAAGAGGUUAAGUUAAUAGCUCUACUUGUGAGACACCAUAGAAAGAAACUUCCUGAAUGUGAUCAUGUGGUGCCUGAGGAAUUAACAGAAGAGAUGAGAGGGAAAUUCAGAAUUCUUUGUGCAAUUCUACGUGUAUCUGCUGCACUGGAGAAACUUCAGCUGGUCAACAUCCACAAUGUGGAUUUCUCACAUACCUGUGAAGGAUAUAAAUUGGUACUUGAAGCAGGAAAUUUGCCCUUCCCUGGUUAUGUGCUGCCAUCAGUGAAAGACCUCGAGACUGAGCAUGUUAAAGAGUUGGAGCACUUCAGAAUGGUGUUCCAGGAAAGAUUGUCAAUUGCUGUCACUUCAUCAUAAUCUGUAAGAAAUGCUAGGAAUUGUGAGACGCCUUUCCUGAGUUUGCCAAGAAAAUGAUGGUAAAAUAU